AUGGCUCCUACAGCACCCACGGCCUCUUCCUCCUCGAGGUCAAAACCUUUACCUAAGCGAUCUGAGAUAGCGCCAACUACCCAAUCGAACGCAGGCAGAGUGACUAGAUUGAGAGCUGCAAGGGAACCAACUGCCAGUCCUGCGAUUGGAUCAAGGAUGGGUGCACCUACACUGCCUAGAACACCUGGGCUAUUGGCUAAAGGGAAAGAAGGAUUGAGGAAAGUGUCUGGCAAAAUUGGGCAGAAGGAAAAAGAGGUGAAGAAAGCUACUGUAGAGGAGCAAAAUGAUCAUUCAGAGAGUCUCCAGGCAUACCUUCGUAUACGACCUUCACCAGCAGACUCGGAAGGACACAUCUCAACUAGACCAUACCUCGAGAUCCAGUCAGAAACGGAUGUAUUGAUGAGAGCACCAUCGGAGUCUUCUCGUCAUCACAUUCCUAAACCACCUCAUAUCUAUUCAUUCGACAAGGUUUUCCCUCCCACCACCCCUCAAUCAUCUUUCUUCAGCACAACGACCUUACCUUUAGUUGAGAAGCUGUUACAAGGUGAAAAUGGACUGUUGUUCGCUUAUGGAGUCAGCAAUAGUGGGAAGAGCUACACUAUUCAAGGUGGUUCCACUCAUUCAGCAGCGGAUAGAGGUGUUUUACCCCGGUCAAUCGACGUAGUGUUCAAUUCUAUAGAAGGGCUAAAGAGUAAUGCGAACCUCAAACCGCAAGGUCUGGCUGAUGUGAUGCUGAGCGACGAGCAGGAUGAACCUAUAAUAUUGCAUGAUCCUCUAGCUGCAAGUGAACCGAAAAUAGAAGAUGCCGUCAAAGUGGACCGAAACUUCUCGUAUGCAGUCUUUGUAUCAUAUGCAGAGGUUUACAACGAAAAGAUUUUCGAUCUUCUCGACUCUGCGCUUCCUACCACACCAUCUACACCUGGUAUCGCCAGAAGUCGAGCUACAAACGCCGGUCUACCAAGAGCGUCCAACACUUAUGGCUUCCCUGGUGCCCUUAACUCGUCUUUCAACCUUGCAGCUAUGGCCAACGGGGGUGGCGGUAUACUUAAGCGACACGCUUUAUCGCUGAAGAAUGAUCCGGAGGGAAAUGGCAAAUAUAUUGCUGGGCUGAAAGAUGUCCGGGUUAGAACUCGAGAGGAAGCUUUGGCCGUGUUCCGAUCCGGACAAAGUGCGAGACAAGUUUUCGGUACCAUCGCCAACCGAGAGUCAUCACGAUCUCACGGUAUAUUCACAAUCAAAGUAGUCAGAAUACAUAAUGGUGCGCCUGAAGAUCCCGACUCCGCACAGGUAUCGAGAUUAGCUAUUGUUGAUCUAGCUGGAUCGGAGAGGACGAGAAAUACACAGACCACCGGAGAUAGGUUGAAGGAAGCUGGAAACAUCAAUAAAUCCCUAAUGGUCCUGGGCCAAUGUCUUGAGGUGCUUAGGUCGAACCAGCAAAAGAUGCAUCAAUCCGGUAGCGGCGUAGCCGAAAGCAAGAAGAAAUUAGCAGUCGUUCCUUUCAGACACUCGAAGUUGACUGAAGUGUUCCAGAAUUUUUUCGUGGGUGAUGGAAGAGCGGUCAUCAUCGUCAACGUCAACCCGUACGAUACCGGUUUUGAUGAGAACUCGCAUGUCAUGCGAUUCUCAGCCAUAGCGAGGGAGAUCCAAACCACCGCUUCGAACAAGGUGGGAACUUCCGGAUUCCCAUUGCUGAAACGACAGAUCAGCACGCAAUUCUCCGCAUUGCGAAAUGCCGUUAGUGGACAUGCACACGGUCACGGACACGGUCCAAUGAAGAUCAAAGUGACUGUGCCUGUUUUACCCAAACCUGAGGAUAACAGCAAGAAGUUAGCGAUGGAUAGAGAAAGUCAAGGAUUUGUAAUGGUGGAAGAGGAAUUAGAGAUUGUUGAAGAGAGUGAGAGUGAGAGUGACGAAGAGGAUAAAGAUGCUUUGGUGGAAUACCUGUUCGAUCAGUUGAAGGAAAUGAAAACUAGGUUAUACGAGUCGGAGAUGAGGAAUGCCUCGAUCGAAGUUGAAGUGCGAGAGGAGGUAGCGAAGGAGAUGCAAGAAUCAUUGCAGAGAAUGCACGAUGAUUUCAGUAAACAUCUUAGUGAACAGGUCGCUGCAAACGACCUUAAAACGGAUCGAAAGAUUGACAUAGUCACGAGAACCAUGACGCCGGCUAUUCAUCGCAUCACUCGCGCCCCAUUCCAACCUGGUUCAGCAACAUCGUCGAGGAUCAGUGAGGAUGUCUCGAUGGAAGAUCCAGAUGAAAGUUUUGAAUCUGCUAUCGAUGCUUCAUUGAUGACAUUAGGAGAUGACUCCGUCUUGACUCAAGAAUCCGAUCCAUUCGUGAUGAGAUCACCUGGAUUACCGCAGAUCACUCUCACCAGGGACUCCUUCAAACCUGUUGAUCUGCCCGAUUCACCUUCACCGGCUGCCCAAAACCAUGAAGACGACGUUAGCGCUGAGGCUGAUACAAGUAUCGAGGCGAAUACUACGAUAGAGACCGAAGAUGGAGAAGAAGUUGAGGAGACUACGAAAGAAGAGAUUGAGCUGGAAUCGGAAGUUGAAGAUGAUGAUGUGGAAGCUGUCAAGCCCAUAGGCGAGUCCGUAAGCUCGGAUGAAGAGAGUGUUCUAGACACAGACGAAGACGAGGACGAAGAGGAGGAAACAGAAAGUGAGGAGGACGAUGAUGAGGAUGCGGAUGAAGAAGAAGUUGAUUCUGAUGAAUCGGCAUUUACACUUUCCAAUUCGGAAGAUGAUGCGGAGGAAGACAGCGAUGAUAGUGACGAUUCGUCCCCUGUUAAGAAAGCUUCAAGCACAAGAAGAACAACUGGUUCACCUAAGAAACCUGGUAGGAAUUUAUCGCCUGUAAAGAAAGCUACUCCCGCUAAACCGAAAAAGCCUAAUACACCUGCGAAGAGUACAAAAGUAUCUACCUCGACUCCCAAUCCAGUGAGUGGGCCUUCGACGCCCGCACCUCUAAGCGAGAGGAUCAGCCAACUGCAGUUAUCUGAAGAUGAGGAUGAGAUGCCUAUCAAGACGACCACUAAGAAGAAAAGGACACUCGGGAAGAAGAUCGUAACAGAAGAUGAGAUGAUCCACGCCGAUCAAGUGAAGAUGCGCGUGGGUGGAGCUGAAGUCAGAAGGAUGCUUAGGGGUUAA